AUUCAUCUCAUCUAUAGCAACAUCAGCAAAGCACAGCUCCCAACCAGCCAACCACCCAACCUUCUUUGAACAUAUCUAUAUACUACCAAUUCUUCCCUCAAGAUGAAGUUCAUCUACACCGUCCUCCUUGCCGCCGUGACCGCCACGGCCACUGCGCUCCCAGAACGCCUGGAGACCCGUGUCUGCGGUAGCCCCAUGUGCAGCAACUAUGUUGCCUUGGGUGCUGCCAAUUGCCCACUCGAUUGCAUGUGGGGAGACUGCACCAAGUACCACUGCGAGCAGGAGGGCUAUGAUGUUAUCUGUGGAAAGAACGGAGACAGCUGUGUUAAGGUCUGAUGCGAUGGAGGGUGGAGCGACUUGAGGGGAGGAGGGUUGGGUACACCGU